AGUCGGCAGUGUUGACUUGUUUUUGUCACGGCUUUUUUCCCUUUAUGUCAAGUUUUGCUUUGUUCCGGUUGACUGAUGCGGCAAAUUAUUCCUCUCUAAGAAGACCAAAGGGCCGAAUACCCGUGCAAGGACUGCUGCGACAGAUAUCGCUGCUAACAGACCCAAUACACAGGCUCAUCGUUGUAGUUGGGUGGCUUGAGGAAGACGCACUGGCCAGGUCUAAAAAGAAGGAGCCAUGUCUGCAGCCCAGGGGCUUCUCAACAGCGUCUUCUCGUGCUCCUCGCCAGCCUCCAAAGCCUUAACCAAACGGAGGUUACGGCAGACCAGGAGUCUGGACCCGGCCAUCAUCAGACACUGCGGCACCGGGACCGACGGAGCAAGUGGCGCGCAGCUGUCCGGAGCGGUGUCCCAGGACGCAGGUGCGUCUUUGAAACAGGCUACGCGCGCCAAGACUUUCACAUUGAAACAACCCAUCGCAGCAUCCAUCUCCUCUCCCUCCAUACCUCUGGACCUAUCCCCUUGUUCCAACUUUCACUUUGACUAUGAGAUCGUGAAGCGCUCCAAACGGAACACUAGCGGCGAUUUACCGCUGCUUGUGCGGGGCUCCGGGUUCGCGCCAUCUGGGAGCACCGGCACGCUCUUCUCACCUCGGAGGUGGCUCCAGAGAAGGACACAGCCACCGAUCUACCAUGCUGACGUCGUGUGGAAGUCAGAGGGUGACUUCACAUGGAGCAGCCUGUCCGGCCAGAGUGUACGUCUGACUUCAGUCGCCAUUCAGAGCCUGUCAGAACUGGAGCGAGCCAGACUCCAAGAAGUGGCCUUCGCCCGCUUGCACCAAGACCAUGACGUCGGAUGUCAGAUAACUUUGCCAAAAGACGGACAGAAGAGGAAGAAGUCGCUAAGGAGGAAGCUGGAUUCUUUAGCCAAAGAGAAGAGUAAAGACAAAGAGGGUGUCCCUCAAGCCUUCAGUAUACCACUCUCGCAGGUCAUUGCGAACGACAGGACGCACAGGCAGCGCCAGGACGGCUAUCGCCAGGAUCCGCCACAGCGAGAGGAGCACAAGGACUCCUCUGACCUUGUCUCCUCCAUCCUACAGUUUGCCACCAAGCGGCCGUCGAAUAAGGAACUCUCAAGCAGCAACUCCUCAUUGAGCUCCACAUCGGAGACAGCCAAUGAGUCAACGUCGCCCAACACACCUGAGGCUGCACCACGAGUGCGCAGACGGGGUGGGAUGUCAGUGGAUUCGAUCACUGACCUGGAUGACAACCAGUCCCGCCUGCUGGAGGCGCUGCAGCUCUCGCUGCCUGCAGAGACACCAAAUAAGAAGGAGAAACAAAGGGACAAACGGUUGAGCCUCAACCCAAUAUACCGGCAGGUGCCUCGUGUGGUCGACAGCUGCUGCCAACACAUUGAGAAAUACGGUUUGCAGACGGUCGGAAUUUUCAGAGUUGGAAGUUCCAAGAAAAGAGUUCGACAGUUGCGUGAGGAGUUUGACCGCGGCUUUGAUGUCCAAUUAGAUGAGGAGCACAGCGUCCACGACGUGGCCGCCUUGCUGAAGGAGUUCCUCAGGGACAUGCCUGACCCACUCCUCACCAAAGAGCUGUACACCGCCUUCAUAAACACUACAUUGUUGGAUCCAGAUGAGCAGCAGAUUGUCACCCAGCUACUGGUCUACCUGCUCCCAGCAUGCAACAGUGACACUCUUCAUCGCCUCCUGGAAUUCCUGUCCACCGUGGCUGACCACGCCCAUGACCGGCAGGGCAAGGAUGGACAAGAGAUCACAGGGAACAAGAUGACCUCCUUGAACCUUGCCACCAUCUUUGGUCCCAACCUACUCCAUAAACUCAAGUCCUCGGAUAAGGAGUUCAGUGUUCAAAGCUUCGCGAGAGCCGAGGAAAGCACGGCCGUCAUCGCCGCGCUGCAGAGGAUGAUCGCCAGCUACCAGACACUCUUCAUGGUCCCACCUGACCUCCAAAAUGAAGUUUUGAUGAGUCUACUGGAGACCGAUCCCGAUGUGGUGGACUACCUCCUGAGGCGAAAAGCAUCACAGAGUCCCGAUCUCCACCAGUCUGAGGAUCCAUUCACUCUGAGCGAGCGCCACUCCUCCAGCGACUCCAACAAAGCGUCCAGCGGGGAGGUGUCCCCCUACGACAACAAUUCCCCCGUCCUGAGCGAACGGCGAGGGGAGGCAGGAAAGCCGGGAGCAGACAGCUGGGUUGCACCAGACAGUAUAUCGGAGGAGCACGCUAACAUUUGGGGAACAUGGCACGCGACUCUGAAACCAACACUCCAAGACCAAACAUACACAGGGUCCCAUGGCAACAUGUCGGAGGGAAGCUCCCGCAGCUCACAGGAGGGACUUGAUGGACUCCAUGGUGACAGCAGACACCAGCCGAUGGCACAAACGACGGGAGCAGCACCUUGCAUUGCUGAGUGCAGACCCCACCCGCCGGUGACCCGCAUGUGCACCAGCCCUCAUGUGAACACGAGGCGGCCGCACCUGCAGCCGACCAUCAGUCUUGCGUCUGCAACAUUGCUUGUGAACCGAACAGAGGGGAUCCAGCAUGGAGCCAGCCCGACGUCUGGACCGAAGGGCAGGGGGAACGCUAAGGAGGGCGGUUCUGCCAUUGUCACCGGAAGCCGCUGCCCUCCUCCUUAUAACGCUCAUCACCGACUGGCCGCUUGUCAGAGUUCACCUCAGCUUGCAGCAGCUCAGCAGCACCCUCUGCAGCACAGAAAGCCAAAUGCAGAGCAGAAAAACUCAGAUGGGACGAUGACGCCGCACACCUCGGAGUGGCAGGACUGGCAGAGGGACCGGUGGCAAAUCUGGCAGCUGUUGUCUUCAGACAAUGCAGACACGUUGCCGGAGACGCUGGUGUGAGAUCAUCAAGCCCAGCUUCAUGCCAGAGUUGACUCUCCCGUGACAAUCACACGGCCUCAUCUUUCCUUCUCGUCCAUCUCUGGAUCCGCCAGCAUGUUCACGCCAUGGCAUUGUUGUUUACAUGUUCAGCUGCUGCUUUCUAUGAACUUUGAACCAUCCAUGGGCCACCACACACUUUCUUAUGUUUGGAUAUAGUUUCUGCCUGACAUGUCGGUAUUGGAAAAUGCCCACCAGAAAUACCUCAAAAAUCACCACACAUCUUCAGAACAUUGCCACGAAUGCCAUUCUGGUGUCAUUCAGCCUUUUUAAAGCAUCUCUUAGUGGCGAACCACAGGUAAAAUGGCUGUUAAGUUAGUAAAAAAGGCAACUUUUGUGACCACUAUAUGCAGAAUUCUUGUACGCGCCACUAAAGGGGGUCUUCAAACUGAUCAAAUGUUUUGAUUUGCCAAAUCUAACUCAGCUCUGUCAUUCUUCAAGCCUUUCAUGUAAAUGUUAGUCUUUGUAAGACUGCCCUUUUGUCCUCGGUGUUGAAUGUAAUCGUAAUAUAAAAGCACUCGGCUGUAAGUAAACCACCUACUGCGCUAUACGGUAAGUGCCAAAUAUGUAUUGUUUUUGAAUUAUUUUUUUCUUCAGGAUAUUUGUUGGUUUCAUGUCAUGUAUUUGUUGAGAGAGAGGGUCACAGGCAGGCCAAGGACGUUUGCGUAGCAUUUAGGAACGUAUUCAUUUUAGCUCCCGGCUUAUGGUAGUAAAAUACAAACUGUGUUGCGACAGAAGAAAGAGUAGUCCAACUGUAUAUGACAUAUUGUAUAUGACAUAUACAGUGGUGUGAAAGUGUUUGCCCCCUCCUAAUUUCUUAUUUCUUUGCAUGUGUCAUACUUAAUUUGUUUCUGAUCAGACAAAUUUAAAUACUAGCCAAUGACAACACAAAAUGCAGUUUUUAAAUGAAACCUUUUAUUUUUAAAAGUGAGAAAACCUACAUGGCUCUGUUUAAAAAAAAGGCAUUGCCCUCUCUGUUGCAUUAAUUUUCAUUCAUUCAAUUUAUUCACCAAAACAUACGAAAACCGAGGCAAUUUUCCCGUAGGAAAUAAUGUAAGUCCAAUUAAUCUGUUCUGAACAACAAAAAUACUAACAAAAAAUAAAAUUUUAAAAAUCGGGAAAAAUUAUUGCUUUAAGGUGCAGAAAGUGAAAUAAUUAUAAAUGACUGGAUGAAACGUAUAGUUGAUACAGACUUCCCGUACAUGUGGACAACAUUGAAUAAUAGCGUUUCUCACUUUGUUCAAAUUGCUGCCACUCACAAACUUUCUUUGACCCCAUGGCGGGUUAUUUAGCAGUCGCACAUUUUUAUAAAGUAAUGCACAUGUGCACAGUGAGGGGCUGUCCACACUGAAAUGUUUUCCGCUAAAAACGGCGAAGCGUUUCAUCGUUUCAGCCUUUCAUUCACACGGACACUGCGUCCUGGGUGGCCUGAAACGGUAUUUUCAGAAAACGGCUUCCAGAGUUCCGACAAAAUAUCUGAAUACUUCCACUGACAUGACUCAACCCAGUCGACAUUCUGAUAUUUCUUUUGCCUUGUACUCAAAUGACUCAGAAGUAAUUCCACUUAGUUGUCAUUCUGGGCCAGCCCUGGAAAGUGGAAGACAACAGACUUCUUCUCUAUAGUUUUGGUGUCACAUGGUUCUGUCUGCAUGUCGGUUUACAGCGCCAUAAGUGUGCCUUACGUCUUACAUGGUUUCCAUCCGUGAUCCAUUCCUGUCUGCAUGCAACUUUUUACUAAUCAGGCAGUAUGGACGCAUUUUUUUUUUCACCCCGGCAAAAAAAAAAAAAAAAAAAAAGAAAA